AGGCGGUUGCGUGUGCGAGCCAAGUUGGAGAAAGAUGGCGGCGCCCGUUCUGAGAGUGUCCACCCCUCGAUGGGAGAGAAUAGCCCGGUUGCUGGUGUGUCUUUUGGGUAUCCUGCUCUCUGUAUACGCUUACCAUGUGCAAAGGGAAGUAACGAAGGACCCGAACUACGUGGCGCUCUGUGACCUGAACGACUCGUUGAGCUGCUCGAAGGUAUUCACAUCCAGAUGGGGACGAGGAUUUGGGUUGCUGGGCUCCAUCUUUGGUAAAAACAGUGCAAUGAACCAGCCGAACAGUGUCUAUUCAUUUGCAUUUUAUGUUCUACAAAUGCUACUGGGUAUGACAGCAAGUGCGAUGGCAGCUCUCAUCUUAAUGGGCACUUCAAUAGUUUCAGUCAUUGGCUCUUUGUACCUUAGUUACAUCCUGUACUUUGUGCUAAAGGACUUGUGUAUCAUCUGCAUCACAACAUACACACUGAACUUCAUUCUCUUAAUCCUCAAUUAUAAGCGACUGGUUUACUUGAAUGAAGCCUGGAAACAGCAACUUCAAGCAAAGCAGGAAUAAACAUGACCCUUGAACUGUGAUCUACCACCUGGACAUGUUGCUUCCAUCAUGUUUAUUCUGCAAAAAAAAAAAAAAAGAAUAAAAAGGGAAGGGGUGAUGGGAUUGUAUAGGAAGAAAGUGUACAAACAAACCCCUCUUUUUUUAAAAGAAGGAAGUAUCACAGUUUCCUGAAUGAUGUAGAAUUUUUUAUUUUUUUUUGGAGACUGUAUGGUCUUGAAUUUAUGUAUUUGUGUAUGUAUGUCAGAGUUUUUUCCCCUCCUUAGUCAACUGUUUCCUGCAAAUUAAGAAAGCGGUAAAAUAGUAAAUAUUGGUUGUUUAUGAGCUUCUUGUUGACAAGCUUUAACUGUACUUUACAUUACAGCUUCAGGCUGUUAAGUUAUUUGCAUUUACUUGAAACUAAAUUAAAUGAUAACUGUAUAUGCAUCAAAAAGAGGAAACCGUGCAGAACUGAGAAACUACUGUAUGGGUCACAAGUAUGACCCCUCAGUACAGAGUAAGAAAAUAAUCUUUGUUUACAUUAUAUUGUAAAAGGACCACUAAUCAUUUCUGGAGCACUGAUGAGUGGCUCCUGUAGCUGUCUCUCUGUUGUUUUUGUUUAGAUGUCUUUACAACCUGUAAAUAGUAGUUCCUAAAUACAUUGUAUGUCUUUUUUAUA